AGCGUUUUCAGUCUCUGCCCGGCGGUCGAGCGCGUUGGAAGUGUCGGAGAGGAUUGCGGGCCAAGUAGCUUUCAUUCAGAUUAGGUGGCAAUGGAUUUGCGCGUGAGCUUUAGUGACAAGUUGAAACUGGGCGCCAAGGCUAUGGGCCAUAAGUUUGUUCAGUACAAGCUGGGCACGGGUCACACCAAGGAGUUGGCCACCAAGUAUGGCCAGCUGAAGGGUCAGCAGCGCAGGACACUCUACGAUGGCGAAUCCUACUACUCCUUCGAGGGCAUUCCCUUUGCCCAACCGCCCGUGGGCGAGCUGCGUUUUCGCGCACCCCAACCUCCGAGCUCGUGGCAGGGAGUCAGGGAUUGCAGCUAUGCCAGGGAGAAGCCCAUGCAGAGGAACUCCAUAACCGGCACUGCCGAGGGAUCCGAGGAUUGCCUCUACCUCAAUGUCUAUGCCAAGCGGCUGGAGUCGCCGAAGCCACUGCCCGUUAUGGUCUGGAUCUUCGGUGGGGGCUUUCAAGUGGGCGCAGCCUCGCGGGAACUCUAUGGACCGGAUUACUUUAUGAAGCACGAUGUCCUGCUGGUUACUAUCAACUAUCGGGUGGGUGCCCUGGGCUUCCUGAGUCUCAAGGACAAGGCGCUUAAGAUACCGGGAAAUGCGGGCCUGAAGGACCAGAUCCAGGCACUGCGUUGGAUCAAAGAGAACAUAGCCAGCUUCAAUGGCGAUCCAGAGAACAUAACCGUAUUCGGCGAAUCAGCUGGCGGAGCUUCCACGCACAUCCUCAUGCAAACGGAGCAGGCCAGAGGACUCUUCCACCGCGCCAUCGUUCAAUCCGGUUCAGCCUUGUGUGCCUGGGCCACGCAACCGGACCGAAAGUGGCCUCAGAGAUUGGGCAAGGAACUGGGCUAUGCCGGCAAUUUGGAGAGCGAGAAGGAACUGCUGGAGUUCUUCCAGCAGAUCCCGGCCAGCAAGCUGGCCCAGUACUGCAAUUCGAUCGUGACGCAGGAGGAGCAGCGCGACUAUGAGAUCCUGGCCUUUGCCCCGGUAAUAGAGCCAUAUGUGGGCGAGGAUUGCGUGAUACCAAAAUCGCAGCAAGAGCAGCUGUCCAGCGCCUGGGGCAACUCCAUUCCACUGAUCAUAGGCGGAACCUCGUUCGAAGGACUCUUCUCUUAUCGGAGCACCUUGGAUGAUCCGCUUCAUAUGCUGAGUGCCUUCGAGGCCAUAAUUCCCAAACAGGUUCGCGAUGCCAUCGACAAGGAUGAGCUGGCGGAGAUGGUGAGGAAGCUGAAGAAGUCCUACUUUGACGACCCCGACCGGGCCAGCAUGGAGCUCUACGAGUGCCUCCACAUUCUGAGCAUCAAGAACUUCUGGCACGACAUCCAUCGCACCAUGCUCGCUCGACUGGCUUAUGCCACCAACUUGCCCACGUAUCUCUAUCGAUUCGAUAUGGAUUCGGAACACUUUAAUCAAUUUCGCAUCUUGAAGUGCGGUAAAAAGGUGAGGGGUGUGUGCCACGCAGACGACAUUUCCUACUUGUUCUAUGGGAUACUCUCCAGUAAGCUGGACAAGAAUUCGCCCGAGUACCGCACCAUUGAGCGACUGGUGGGCAUGUGGACAUCCUUCGCCGCCACCGGAGAUCCCAACUGCGAGAUUAUCGCUCCCGUCAAGUGGGACCCACUGCGUCCGGGUGGCGUGGAAAACUGCCUUAACAUCGCCGAUGGCCUGGAGUAUAUUCCGCUGCCGGAGAGCAAACAGUUUGUUGUGUGGGACAGCUUCUAUACCAGGGAAAGCCUCUACUAAGUGUCUCUACCUAUCUCUAAGCUUGUUUAAGCAUUUAUCCCUCUGUGUCUCUUAAACAUUUACUUGACAAAUAAAUACUUUGGAACUUAUUAGCUUUACGAUCAA